AAACUACUAAGUUAUAAAGUACUUUUUAUUUUAAUUGCUUAUUCAAUUUGAUACUUCAAUAUCUUCUCGAUAUUUAAGAAUUAUGGCAGUUUCGAUCAAUGAAAUUUGUGAAAAUACUAAAUUGGCUCGUGAAAUGGCUUUAACUGGAAACUAUGAUACGUCUGGAGUUUAUUACCAAGGUGUUGUUCAACAAAUUCAUCGAUUACUUGCAAGCAUUGUAGAUGCCACACGAAAAGCUAAAUGGCAACUUGUACAACAUCAAAUUGUUGAAGAAUUUGAAAAAGUAAAAGCAACAUCAAAUACUUUACAGCUUUUUAAAGUUGAUACACAUGGAGAAAGAUUAUUAGGUACUUCAUGCUUAUCAUUUGAGGAACCUACAAGAGAUCCAACUUUAUGGACCUAUAAUAAUUCAGACAAUCCAUGGAAUCAAACACCAGCAAGAGAUCCAGAUGUAUGGCCCCCGUUAACACCUGCAGAGCAGAAAAAUAUUAGACCAUUAAAAAAUCAAUCGAAACAAUCGAAUCGAACGAGUAUACGAAAAUCCGUAACUACUGGGAAAAGAUCAGAUGCUAAAGGAGUUGUUAAAAAAGAUGAUAGAAAGGCAUCAAGGAAAGAUGAUUUGAACAAAGAUAAAUUGGAAACUGAAAAGGUAGAUGUAGAAGUAGAAGAACGCAAAUUUGAACCAUCUGGAAAUGAUAGAGAUUUGGUCGAUUUAUUAGAAAGAGAUAUUGUUCAAAAAAAUCCAAAUAUACAUUGGGAUGAUAUUGCUGAUUUACACGAAGCAAAACGAUUAUUAGAAGAAGCUGUUGUUCUUCCAAUGUGGAUGCCAGAUUUCUUUAAAGGAAUUCGUCGUCCUUGGAAAGGUGUCCUUAUGGUUGGUCCACCAGGAACUGGGAAAACAAUGUUAGCAAAAGCAGUAGCUACUGAAUGUGGAACAACAUUUUUUAAUGUAUCAUCUUCUACACUAACUUCAAAAUACAGAGGAGAAUCAGAAAAACUUGUCCGUCUCCUUUUUGAAAUGGCCAGAUUUUAUGCACCUAGUACAAUUUUCAUUGAUGAAAUUGAUUCCCUAUGCUCUAGAAGAGGGUCUGAAUCUGAACAUGAAGCUUCACGACGAGUAAAAUCUGAACUAUUGGUUCAAAUGGAUGGUAUAAGUUCUAAUAGUGAAGAUCCAAGUAAAGUUGUAAUGGUAUUAGCAGCAACAAACUUUCCAUGGGACAUUGAUGAAGCUCUUCGGAGACGAUUAGAGAAACGUAUUUAUAUUCCAUUACCAAAUCAUGAAGGUAGAGAAGCAUUAUUAAAAAUUAACUUACGUGAAGUAAAAGUAGACUCAUCUGUAAAUUUAGCAGAUAUUGCAAGAAAAUUAGAAGGUUACUCUGGAGCAGAUAUUACAAACGUUUGCAGAGAUGCAUCUAUGAUGUCCAUGCGGAAGAAAAUUGCAGGCUUGAAACCUGACCAAAUUAGACAAUUACCAAAAGAAGAACUAGAUUUACCUGUAUCUGCCACAGAUUUUGAUGAAGCUGUUGAAAGAUGUAAUAAGAGUGUUUCUCAAGAAGAUUUAGAAAAAUAUGAAAAAUGGAUGAGUGAAUUUGGUUCAUCCUGA